AUGAUACCGAAGACUUGGCGAAGAGUAUUACUGGACACAAAAGAUGGCUAAAUUCCCCAAGAAAUAUUUUGUUUGGCAAGAAGUUCAUCAUCUUUUACAGAUAUAAUCAACAAGGAAGCUUCUUUUGAAGAGCCAUGAUGUUAAUCCUUCGCUGGUCCUUUGGUGGAGUGAUACAAAGUCGAUAAUGUCAAUAUUGUACCAAAAACUGCCAAACCCUGCAACUGUCCACAGUUGCGCUCGAGCGAAAGAUGCUGGACUCUGGUGAAGCGAACGCUUUCCGGAAAAAGGCAGAAUGUGAAAGAUGACAAACAUUUUUAUCAAAUUUGAACCAGAGCUGCCAGCAAGAUCACCGUGGAUGGAAUGAAGCGCAAAGUACGAGAUUUUUGCUUCAAUGGAGAAUGGAGAAAAUCAUUUUCAAUCUAGUAAACCACAUUCCAGCAAAACCAGUUGGAGCAGUCAAAAAAUAAACAAAAUGUCUCGGGAAGAAAAAAGCAGUACAGCUAUUAACGCAAAUGAUACAGUAUCGAACGUCUUCAGAAAAGACAGACAGUGCACCGAUGUAGCUGCUCUUGUCAUUAUGGCUAUUUACAUGUUUGGUUUGUUAAUUUUAGUCUUUCUAUGUCUGCCCAAUUCGGACGUGUUUCGGGUAAUCUAUGGUUAUGAUGAUUGUGGAAAUGUUUGCGGGCGAAAAAACACUCGUAUUGCAGAUUUAGCUUGUUCUGGCCAAAAUAUGCUUCCAUACAAAUACUUACUGUUAACUAUUAACCCAGCGUCAUCAGAAGCGACGAAAAGUUGCGUAGAAAAAUGUCCAACCAGCGAGGGAUACAAACUAUUCUUCAACCGGUGCAUCCGUUUGCAAAUAAGUCGUGCCAAAGCCGAUCGGCUGCCCCAAAGUUUACUCGACGAAGUCUGGCAGGAUGUUCACAGUUGUGGAUUGGAGUUAUUUUUGCUGUGCUUGCUAUGCUUACUUGUGUCCCUUGUUGUGCUGUCGGUGCUUUGGUGCAUUCCCGGAUUAAUGUUGCCCUGCAUGCUGUUGGUAAUUGUGGUAGCAUGCUUGGUUACAUCUUUUGUUCACUGGCUGAACUGGAAGCUGAAAUCGGACGCUGAUAACAGGAAGGGUUACCUGAUUUCUGCGGUAAUCUUCACCGUACUGAGCAUAAUCAUAUUUUGCUUUGCUGGCUACAUUUGGAAGAAAAUUCAAUUCGUGACGGAGCUGUUGCAAGAGGGCGGUAAUGCGAUCAGGCAAACGUUACUUUUAUUGUUGUAUCCGGUGCUGACUACCAUCUCAUUGUUGAUCACCUACGCUUUGGGUCUUUACUUUUUCCUAAUUAUCGAGAGUACGGCUAGACCCACUGUAAUCGGAGGCAGUGUCGAGUUCGUGAAAAAUCCGCUGGUACAUACUGCGCGUUGGUACAAUCUUGUUGCGCUGAUUUGGUUCAACAGUUUUCUCGUCGACUGUCAGCACAUGGUGACUGCAGGAGCGAUUUCCGCGUGGUAUUUCACCCAGGAUAAAUCUCGGCUGGGCAACAUAACAGGAAGGAGUUUUUUGACAUUGCUAACCUAUCAUCUGGGAAGCGUAGCCCUGGGGUCGUUGAUACUAACCAUUACUGCGCUAGCACUGGCGGUUGUUAAAAUGUUCCAGAAGCUUGUGAUACAAACAAAAAACGGAUACCUUGUUUGCAUCGCAUUCAUCUGUAUGUGUUUCUUGAACUGCAUCCGUUCGGUUUUGGAACUGAUUCAGAGAAAUGCGUACAUUAUAGUUGCAAUGCAGGGUCUCUCACUUUUCAAAGCCGAUAAAAGCGCGAUGAAAUUAAUGGCGACUGAUGCAAUUAAUUUUGUGGUCGUCAAUUCGGUGACCAAAAUAGUUUUCCUAAUGGCAGAGCUGUUCGUUUUGCUUUUAGUUGGAUCUAUAUCAGUAGUAAUUUUGCAGAGACAGAAGGAUCUGUACCAUCCUUACAUUCUGGCUGGAAUGUUGAUUGUUACAGUUAGUGUGAUUACACAUUGCUUUAUGGCGGUGUGCGAAAUGACCGUUGCCACCGUUUUCUUGUGUUUCUUGAAGGAUAUCGAGCUAAACAAUGGCACUGACCGACCGUAUUAUAUGUCCCGGAAUUUAAGAAAAUUUCUCCCAAAUGAAGUGCAACCAGAAACAGUUCGACAGACCGCUAUACCUUAAAAAAUGAAACACAAACAGACAAAAAUUAAAUUAAACGUAAUACAUGCGUUCAUAUUCUUGAAAGUAUAAAAUUUAUUCAAAUUGAAAAUCUUCAAACAAUUGUUUUUUUUUAUGAAUUGAGGACACCAUUUAC